UUUUUUUUUUUUUUUUGCAGUGAUGUGAACGUGGAUCAAUUAGAUCCGCAGAAAUAAAAAAGCAAAAAUCAUACAAAAGUAGUGAAUAUUAUACAGCAUAAUGCUUUAUUAUUACACGGGCUCCUCGUAGGUGUUAUCACAGAAAUAUUGGCAAUAUUGGCGCAAAAUGGGCUUGCCAAUAUGGGCAGCCCAUAUUGGUCCAAUAUGGAGCCUGGUUGCACUCCCCAUAUUGGUCCAAUAUUGGCAGCCCAUAUUGGGCCAAUAUUGGCAAUCUUGGCAGCCCAUAUGGGUCCAAUAUUGGACCAAUAUUGGCGUGCUGCUUGGGUCCCUUCUUUAACGCGAAGGGAAGCGGUCGUGGCUUGAGGAACUUGGACAGUGAUUCACGGGAAACACGAAUGGAUACUUCUGGCAGGGGUAUGAAACUCGCGAGUUCCUUUGCGGACUAAAGUGAGGCGCUGCGAGCUUAACGCGUCAUCAAACGUCAUGAAACGUCAUAAUUUUUACGUCGGAGCUCGAGUUCUCUACCAAGAGCAUCCCAUUGGCUCCUGCGGCCACACCCCCGGUAUGAGAACUGUGAUUGGUCGUUUUGAAUUUGCGCAGUUUGAGGUUCGAGUUUGAGCGUCGCACCGCGCAAGCUGGCGACUCUGCGUCGCCGUCGCUUUGGGUGGUUUAUGAUGUCUGUCAAGGCUGUCAAUUACUAUAUUUCCGGGUUUGACACUGGUUUAAAAGCAUGGAUCGUACCGUGCCCGAGACUUCCGAAAGUUGUGACUACCAAAGAUGCGCGGGUGGGUCAUCUGCUCCGCUUCUUGGUGUCGAAACAGCUCAAAAGGGACCGACAUCUCGUUCUUCCGAUUUCCACUUGAUGACAGCAUGGAUCACUUAUGCAGAGAGGCCAGAAUACCUGAACCUUCCACCUCAGCAGCUGCACAACAAGCGCCUGUGCUCUCAACACUUCGAAAUGGCACAUUUCACAAACAGGCAGAGGACGCGGCUCAGGCGAUCUGCGUGCCCCACAGUCCAAAGGCCACGCAGUAGAGCACUAGAUGCAGAGUCCCAUCCAAUGCCUGCAAGCCCUACAACACCUGCCCCACGGAGUCCGACGCCCUCUGGCUCCUCCGUGGGUGCUCUUCUUGGUGGCCCCUCGAGAGAGUCCCAUCCAUGGCCUGCAAGCCCUACAACACCUGCCCCACGGAGUCCGACGCCCUCUGGCUCCUCCGUGGGUGCUCUUCUUGGUGGCCCCUCGAGAGUGCUCCUUCUUUGGUUACGGUCCGGUCGUAGUCCCAUCCAUGGCCUGCAAGCCCUACAACACCUGCCCCACGGAGUCCGACGCCCUCUGGCUCCUCCGUGGGUGCUCUUCUUGGUGGCCCCUCGAGAGAGUCCCAUCCAUGGCCUGCAAGCCCUACAACACCUGCCCCACGGAGUCCGACGCCCUCUGGCUCCUCCGUGGGUGCUCUUCUUGGUGGCCCCUCGAGAGAGUCCCAUCCAUGGCCUGCAAGCCCUACAACACCUGCCCCACGGAGUCCGACGCCCUCUGGCUCCUCCGUGGGUGCUCUUCUUGGUGGCCCCUCGAGAGAGUCCCAUCCAUGGCCUGCAAGCCCUACAACACCUGCCCCACGGAGUCCGACGCCCUCUGGCUCCUCCGUGGGUGCUCUUCUUGGUGGCCCCUCGAGAGAGUCCCAUCCAUGGCCUGCAAGCCCUACAACACCUGCCCCACGGAGUCCGACGCCCUCUGGCUCCUCCGUGGGUGCUCUUCUUGGUGGCCCCUCGAGAGAGUCCCAUCCAUGGCCUGCAAGCCCUACAACACCCGCCCCACGGAGUCCGACGCCCUCUGGCUCCUCCGUGGGUGCUCUUCUUGGUGGCCCCUCGAGAGAGUCCCAUCCAUGGCCUGCAAGCCCUACAACACCUGCCCCACGGAGUCCGACGCCCUCUGGCUCCUCCGUGGGUGCUCUUCUUGGUGGCCCCUCGAGAGAGUCCCAUCCAUGGCCUGCAAGCCCUACAACACCCGCCCCACGGAGUCCGACGCCCUCUGGCUCCUCCGUGGGUGCUCUUCUUGGUGGCCCCUCGAGAGAGUCCCAUCCAUGGCCUGCAAGCCCUACAACACCUGCCCCACGGAGUCCGACGCCCUCUGGCUCCUCCGUGGGUGCUCUUCUUGGUGGCCCCUCGAGAGAGUCCCAUCCAUGGCCUGCAAGCCCUACAACACCUGCCCCACGGAGUCCGACGCCCUCUGGCUCCUCCGUGGGUGCUCUUCUUGGUGGCCCCUCGAGAGUGCUCCUUCUUUGGUUACGAGUCCCAUCCAUGGCCUGCAAGCCCUACAACACCUGCCCCACGGAGUCCGACGCCCUCUGGCUCCUCCGUGGGUGCUCUUCUUGGUGGCCCCUCGAGAGAGUCCCAUCCAUGGCCUGCAAGCCCUACAACACCCGCCCAACAACGUGCGACACCCUCGAGCUCCUCCGUGGGUGCCCUUAUGCUUGCUGGCCCCUCAACGGAGUGUACACCUCCUCGGCCACACAAAGGUGGCAGACCUCCCAGUAAGCGCACGCCAAGGACUGUGGCAGAAAUUGAUCAACUGAGGCGGACAAGGGACAGCUUGCGGAGGAGUCUGUUCAGGGCACAGCGCCGGGCGUCCCAACAAGGUGGCAGUCUCUCUCGCACACAAAUCAUACGAGCAGCGUCACGAUACCUUUCCAGGGAGGCCCUGGAGAUAUUCCGGACAAUGCUGUACCUGCAGCCUUUACGUAAAUUUGGCAGGAGAUGGCCCCCACAGUACAGGAACUUUGCUCUGAAGUUGCAUUUCGCAGGCCCAAAAGCGUACCGAUUCCUCAGUAGGUACUUGCUGCUGCCAACUGAGCGAUGCCUCAAGUACUGGCUUCAGGAAGUAGCCAUGCAACCUGGAGUUGUGCCUCCUGUACUAGACUCACUGCAGACACGGCUCCAGGGCACACCACUGAAGGACCGAGCCUGUAUCAUAAUGUUUGAUGAGAUGUCUAUCAAACAACAUCUGCAGUAUGAUAGAGGCUCGGACGUGGUUUAUGGCUAUGCUGACUCUGGGACCGAGAGAUCGCCCGAGUUUGCACACUCAGCACUUGUGGCUGUGCUUGCUGGCAUUUCCAAAAAUUGGCUGCAGCCCCUCUCGUACAUCCUGUCCAAAACAACAGCAUCGGCUGAGACUUUGCAAACAUUGCUUUUUGAUUUAAUUCGUAGACUCCAUUUGGCAGAGAUUUUUGUAAAGGCAGUUGUGUGUGACCAGGGCACCAGUAAUUGUUCAUUGGCCAGAGCACUGGAGGUUUCUCCAUCAAAACCAUUUUUUGUUGUUGAUGAAUCUAAAGUAUAUUUCAUCUUUGAUGCCCCCCACUUGAUGAAGACCACAAGAAAUCUUUUGCUUCGUCAUGACCUCCAAAUUGGGAAUGAUGAGCAGAGGGUUAAGUGGUCUUUCAUCAAGGAGUUCUACGAGAACACUCAUCCUGCAAGAGUAAGGCUGGCACCUAAGCUCACACGCGACCACCUUUACCCCACUGUAUUUAAACGCAUGAGAGUCAAGCUUGCCACGCAAGUGCUGAGUGACAGCGUGUCUACAGGAAUCGCAUGUCUAAUUUUUAUGGGAGCAAUGUCCCCUGAAGCUGCUGCAACAUCAAAGUUCCUCCAAGAAAUUGACAUGCUGUUCGACACCCUGAACAGCUCUUCAGUUGUACAGGGUGAUGACAGAAAGAUGCGGUAUGCACUGUCAGCAACAUCUGGCCACAAGGAGGUUUUGGAGGCUGCUGCAGUGCGAAUCGCUGGGUGGAAGUUUGACUGUGAUAGGCAGCCCCCAACAGUAAAUGGAUGGCAGGUCACAAUUGGUGCUGUACUGGGCCUGUGGGAUGACCUCAAGGCAAACUUCGACUUUGAUUUUCUUCUAACUAGACGGCUAAACCAGGACCCCUUAGAGAAUCUGUUUGGAGAGUUCCGGCAAAUUCAUGGGUGCAAUGAAACACCGAAUGCAUUUCAGUUCGUUGCUGGGAUGAAGCAUGCUCUUGCUGGUAGACUGCUUAAGCUUCCUGGUAGAGGGAACUGUGAAGCAGACACCACAACCCUUCUCAACGAACUGAGACGCAUUCCUGUGCAUUCAAUCAGCCCGUCUGCAGGCCCGUCUGAGAGUACUACCUUUGAUUCAGAGGCAGACACUGGUUCGGAGCCUGUGCUGCAGCUUCCAGAAGAGCCUGCAAACCUCAUUGAGAUGAAUGCACAGUAUGAAUUUGCUGGAAGCCUGGUUCAGUCUUUUCUGAGUGCUAUGAAAUGUCAAAAUUGUCCAAAUUUACUAAAGGCUGCAGAAGCAGAACUUGAUCCAAGCACCAUGUACUCCUACUUGAGGGAGCAAGAUCCAGCAACUCCGACAAAGUGCAUGCCCUCGAAAGCAUUUUUUAAUUUUUAUUGCAAUAUAGAAAAGAAGUUCCAGUCAUGUAUAGGGCACAUUGUUCACAGAAGAAAUGUAAUGGCACGCUUGCUGGCUGAGCUAGGGGACACUGUGCACGAGCCCUUCUGUAGCCCUCGUUGUGGUGCAAAAUUUAUGCGCAUGUAUUGCACUUCAAGGAUUCAGCUGUACUUGCGAUUGGAAAAUCAAAAGUUCACUGAGGACCAUGCAGAACGCAGGAAACGCAAGAAGUUAUAAGACAUGUUCAUGGUUAAAAGAAGGCAGGAUAUCCAUUAUCAGGGUGCGUACUAAACUAUAACCUUCAAAUUCCCUGACUUUUCCACAUUUUCACUGACUAUUUCAAGUGCAUUCCCUGACCAAAACAACUUGGCGCUUGCUGCUACAUUUUGAUACAGAUCCCUCAUAAAACAGAUCAUUUGUCGAGUGUGCCCUGCUUUCCUGCCUCUGAGCUUGUCGUAUUGUCGUACUCACUGCAACAUUGUUGCGGCGUGCCCGCUCAACCACUCCUCAACACUCGCGAUUCACUGCACAUUGUGACGGCACUUGUCUGAGAUUUUCGCUGACUCCAACUGCCUUUUUGGCAUAUUCCCUGACAAUCUCCUGGCUUUUCAAGUCACAUCACAAUUCCCUAAUAAUUCCCUGUUUUCCAAGUUCGUAGACACCCUGAUAAUUUUAGAGUGCUAAAACUGUUUUCUCCUUGUUCUGAUGUGUCAGUCACACGGACCACAUAAACGGCUUCAAGUGCAGGCCACUGCAUCUGAGAAACUAGCAGCUACUUGCCCAGAAGAACAUUUUGCUUAGCCAUAAUGUUAAUUAAUCUUUAUUUCAUAAUUUGUGGAUUUAUGUUGCAACACUAUGAUCAAGAGCAGCGCUACAGUGGUUGGUCUGGGGAUGAACAUUGUGCACCCUUAAGGGUUCAUAACUUGCGCUGAAAUCUCAACACAUGGCCAUUGCAUUUAACAUCCUUGGCAGCAGAAAGCAUGUUAAAGCAACUUAUAUGGUACCAUGAUUUUCUAACAUUCUGAGUAUCUUCGUGAGUCUGAGUAUCUUCGUAUUGCCCUCACUGCUCGAAAAAGAUGUCACUGUUCUCAGUGCCCACUCAGUUCCCAAGCAUCUUACAUCAGGCCAGCCCCUAAAUAUCCGAUUGAAGAACUAAUACAAAGCAAGGGCCUUUUCAUAUUUACAAGGAGGUAGUCAGUGACUCCUGUCACAAGGCUUUAAUUUACUCUCACUGGAUUGCUGGAUCUUCUUGUUUUGGUCGCAAAUAUUGCAGCUGCUUCCUUGCAUAUUGCACAUGCUGUUAUCAUUGUACAUAUUAUAUACAAAUGGUGAAUAUAUGCUUCAGUUGCA